UUUCCAGGAGAAUUUCCUGGGGAGAGCCACUGAGUACUUCCUGCUUCCAAAGCCAAAUUUUCCUCAAGGUUUGAUUAUAAAAAACCUUAGUAAUUCCUAUGCAUCUAAAUGAAUGUUUCCUUCUGAAUCUUGCCAAAAAUGUCUCAUCCUAACUCGAAUUAUCCUCCUUCAACAAUAUUAGCCAUUAAUAACUCCUGAGAUAUAACACUGGUUUCAAUAUGCAGUCAAAAGGUUCUGCUGCUUCAUUUUGUACAGGUGCUUGAAAUCACAUCAAGAAAUAGCCUGCAUGGCAGGUUGCAACAUGGGUGUGUGUGAGGCGAACACUCAUGGAGCCUUGUGCUUAGCAUCGACAGUUGCACAAAAUUCCUUAGGAGGAAGUCUUGAAAUCAUUAUGGUGCUAGGAACAGUGUGGAGACCAGUUGGCAGAGGAAAGUGAAAUAUUGGAACCACCAGUGAAGGGAACAUCAUGCUGCUUGUGGGGUGCUCCUCUCUGCACCAGUGUCACCAAAGGAGCAUUGCUCACAGGCCUCUGUAAGAUAUACCAUGAGCUUUUAUCAGAAAAAUAAAAUAGUAAACAGAUAGAGGGGGUGCAGGUAAAGGGGUAGGAUGAGGCUAUAAACAUCACUAAGUGGAUAGAGUAAGGUCCCAGCAUUUAAACUCUGGGUCAUAGGUCACUCACCAAACACAAAAGCAUCUACCAUAGUAAAAAAUGAAUACUUUAUUGAAUGCACACACUAAUACUUACUGAACACAUCCACAGACCAGAUACUGGGGGCAGAUCCAUGGCCCUAAAUAUCUUGCUCGCAACUUAUAUAGCUAAAAAUAGGAAAGAAAGAAAAAAGAAAACGUCAAAACACAAAGCUUAAGCUUCUCAUAUGAGGAUUGCAGAAAGUGUUAUCUGGUGGUCAGUUCUGAUUAGACCAUUUUAGAUAGAACAGUGCAUAGUGACCCUUAAUGUGAUGGGUCUUAUAUAAAGCUUUUUGCAAUAUUGGAAUUUUAACAAGCCUCAUCCAGAACAUAAAGCAGAGGAAAGGAUGUGAUCAUCGUGUCCUUGCUCUGUAUCAGGUUAUUUUUCUGUGUCCCUGAUUGUCAGAUAUAUUACAGCAACAAUCUGAAAUACCUGGCAGACAUGGGAAAACAUGGCUAAAACUAUAGUUGUGGGUUGCACACCUCAACUGUCAAAGGCUAAUGCUGUCCUCACAGUCCUUGGAGGCCACUCUUGUAAGACUAUCUAUUGGAAAGUGAAAACAGGUUUUAUCUGAGCUCAAAGUGAUCCUGGCCAGCCAGGUAGAGGGCAACAGGGGAUACUUGAGACCCUGCACAGAAACCCACACUUCCUUCAAAGCAUCAUCUAUAAAUUCUUGAUUAUUUACCAAUCUCUCCCUACUAGUCUUUCAGUCUGGAAUGGUAGAAAAGAACUGGAAAUGAUCUUCCUAUUCUGAAGACCUUGAUCUCUCUUUCCUUAGGUCCACAUUAGGAACACACGCAAAUGGGUAUCACCAUCUGAACAUCUUAGUAUCAUCUACUCAGUAUAUCUAGCAUUUACUGUGACUAUGACAAUCUCAAGCUUCCCUGAGUGUUGCUGCCCCAGCAAGAAGAAUGAAGUACUGAGGUCAAACCCCAGUGAUCCUUUCAAGGGGUUAGAAGAAAGCCAUCAGAGAUAUUCCACGUCUUUGUCCUUAGAUUAAAUCAAGCUGACACAAUGUGAACCUGGUGGGCUAUUUAACCAUAAAUUUUUCUCCGAACCCCACCUUUCUGAGUUCAGUCCAUGGCAGAAUUCAUUCCCCACCAUUGUAGAUAUUUCUUGGUAUAUUUCCACAAGAGCCAGGUUUCUUUGGUUUUUUCCUUUUAAUAGAAUUAUGUGUAGUCAAUCAACAUCUGCCCUCUGUAAGAAAUGAGUUGUGUCUAUAGUAACUGACCACACUGUAUUUGUGUAUACAAGUACAUUAGUGAAAAACGAGAAUUACUGAGGAGUUGGAAACCAGUGCAGUGUCCUUGCAUUUCUGUGCCUUGGCCUGUCUCACAGGCAGCUGGGGACAGACUUGAGUUCCUCUUCAGGGACAGAGUAAUGUUAAAUGGGCACUGAGCAGGCAGAGAAAAACAGCUGAGGCCCCUCCUUUCAGUUAUCAAACAUAUCAUGGAUGCCAAGAAAAAAACUAACGAAAGAAAAGAAAAACCUGACACUGAACUGUGUGGUGCUGGUCACAUACCCUGUUAUGUUCUGUAUGUUAUGAGGUUUGUUAAUCUUAACAAGUUCCCCAACUAUGAGCUUCGCAUAGGACCCUUUAGAUUCCAGGAAAAUAGGAACAAUUAUGUGCAAAAUGUCCUGAGUCAGUGCCCAUAGACAGCAGCAUUUCCAGCCCUUUUGUGUGAGCCCACGUGGAUUUUGCAAUGAGCUGGCCCUAGCAAUGUCCAGUACAGUUGUGAGCUGUUGCUCUGGUUGAACUGUAUUGGUGUGUGCAUUCAAUAAACUAUACCUAUUUAAAUGAAUUCAGUGUUCGUGUGGUUUGAGUCCAGAAGCCUUGACAUCAAACCUUCCCUUCAGCAGCAUUUAGGAGAAGAAGCUAAGGUCAGGAGAGGUGACAUCUUGCCAUAAGUUAUGUGACAAGACGGAUGAUGAAAUGAUCCCCUUGUGAUAAGAAUCAAGGUUUCCUCUAUGGUAUUUAGGUCUAUGUUGGCCCUGUACAACAGCUUCAAGAACCCAUUUCUGAUUUUCCUUGGGAUUCCCGUGAUGAUGCACUCAGACAUGAUAGGAAACAACCAAAAUGGUAGUCAGAGUAUUUGCUUUAUAUAAUGUAGGGAGCAAUGCAAACUCAUGUUUCAGGAUAUUUGAUUACAUUGUAAGCCCCAAGAAUUUUUUAAUUACUUACAAAAAUGAACCUCUGGUGGUGUGGGUCAGCACUGACACAGACAUUUAACUCUAGAGCUUGCUGGUUUUUAUUGACAGAGAAACUGCAUAGAAUUGCUAUAGGGACCUGUGUCUUAGGUCUGUUUCCCUAGUAUAUCCUCUACAUCUCUCAUGAUGGUGAUCCUGUUUCUGGCUAAAUAAAUGUCUGUUCACUGGGCAAUUGAGUUAAGUGACAUGCAAAUAUUAUUUAAACCUAUGUAUUAAAUUUUGUCAUUUUGUUAAUUUUUGUGGUUUUCCUUGGCUUCUUUUGAUUGAUUGUUGUAGUUUUCUUAAGUUAUAUCCUGUUUCCUCUAGUAUUUUAUGCUUCCCUUAAAGCUAAAGUAUUCCUUUUAGGAUUCUCUACAGAGCUGUCUUACUGGUUAUACAUAUUUUGUUAAAUUUAUUUUUAGUAUGCAUUAGUCAGCACAGUACAUGGGCAGCUGCCUGCCCACCAUGGUAUCAGAUCUACUUUCCAAACAAUAAUGCUCAACUGUUACUAACUGUGUAGCAUCUUGACUGUUCUUCGUUCCACUUGGACAGCCCUAAGGACCAAGCUCUCCUCUCUCUUAACCUGUAGAGAGCUGCGACGUGCCACGCCUCAAAGAUGGCGCUGGUUUCCGCCUUCCACCCUCCCAAAGGUGAGCUCUCCUUGCAGUAAACAAGUCCUUAUUUGGCUAUGACUGCCUGGCCUGCUAGCUUCCGCAUAGUGACAGCCUAUCUACAUGACCCACAUGGCUUGCUAGGACUGGCCAGUGCUAGCUAUUUAAGUGUGGUGCAGGGCGUUCCCUGGGAAGAGAGAGUCAGAAGAGAUAGAGGUCAGAAGAUUGUAUCAAGUUUCCGGAGUAAAACUGCUUGAAGAAGAUCUCCUGUGGUCCUGUCUUCCUUGGUGGACGAGGUUGGGCACGGCAUUAACCUUUGGCUGCUGUCCUCUUCCACUCUCUUCUCCAUCAUAUCUUUUCUUCCUUUACUCUUUGGCAGCUUCUUCUUCCUUCUUCCCUCCUCAUGAUCCUCUCUAGCAAAGCCCUCAAAAGCUCACCUCCCCCAUCUGUCUGCUGUGCAACUGUUGGCUUCUUUAUAAUCACAAUUAACUAGGAGCAGGUUCAGAUUUUGGGGGUUAACCAGUAUUUUGAUGGUGUUUGCAUUGAAUCUGUAGAUCGCUUUUGGUAAAAUGGCCAAUUUUACUAUGUUAAUCCGGCCAAUACAUGAGCAUGGGAGAUCUUUCCAUCUUCUGAGAUCUUCCUCAAUUUCUUUCUUCAAAGGCUUGAAGUUCUUAUCAUACACGUCUUUUACUUGCUUGGUGAAAGUCACACCGAGGUAUUUUAUAUUAUUUGGGACUAUUAUGAAGGGUGUUGUUUCCCUAAUCUCUUUCUCGGCUUGUUUCUCUUUUAUGUAGAGGAAGGGUACUGAUUUAUUUCAGUAAAUUAUAUUCUCAGCCACUUUGCUGAAACUGUUUAUCAUGUUUAGUAGUUCUCUGGUGGAUAUGGAAAUAACAGGAAGCAAUAAUCACUAUUCCUUAAUAUCUGUCAACAUCAGUGGUCUCAACUCUCCAAUAUAAAGACAUAGAUUAACAAACUGGAUAUGCAUGGAGGACCCUGCAUUCUGCUGCCUACAGGAAACAUACUUCAGAGACAAAGAUAGACACUACCUCAGUGUGAAAGACUGGAAAACAACUUUCCAAGCAAAUGGUCUGAAGAAGAAAGCUGGAGUAGCCAUUCUAAUAUUGAAUAAAAUCAAUUUUCAACUAAAAGUCAUCAAAAAAGAUAAGGAAGGACACUUCAUAUUCAUCAAAGGAAAAAUCCACCAAGAUGAACUCUCAAUGCUAAAUAUCUAGGCUCCAAAUACAAGGGCACCUACAAACAUAAAAGAAACCUUACUAAAGCUCAAAGCACACAUUGCACCUCACACAAUAAUAGUAGGAUAUUUCAAUGCCCCACUCUCAUCAAUGGACAGAUCAUGGAAACAGAAAUUAAACAGAGACAUAGACAGACUAAGAGAAAUCAUGAACCAAAUGGUCUUAACAGAUAUUUAUAGAACAUUCUAUCCUAAAACAAAAGGACAUACCUUCUUCUCACCACCUCAUGGUACUUUCUCCAAAAUUGACCAUAUAAUUGGUCAUAGAACAGGUCGCAACAGGUACAGAAAGAUAGAAAUAAUCCCAUGUGUCCUACCAGACUACCAUGGGCUAAAGCUGUUCUUCAAUAACAAUAAGGGAAGAAUGCCCACAUAUACAUAUAAGUUGAACAAUGCUCUACUCAAUGAUAACCUGGUCAAGUAAGAAAUAAAGAAGGAAAUUAAAAACUUCUUAGAAUUUAAUGAAAAAGAAGGUACAACAUACCCAAACUUAUGGGACACAAUGAAAGCUGUGCUAAGAGGAAAACUCAGAGCUCUGAGUGCCUGCAGAAAGAAACAGGAGAGAGCAUAUGUCACCAGCUUGACAGCACACCUAGAAGCUCUAGAACAAAAAGAAGCAAAUACACCCAGGAGGAGUAGAAGGCAGGACAUAAUCAAACUCAGAGCUGAAAUCAACCAAGUAGAAACAAAAAGGACCAUAGAAAGAAUCAACAGAACCAAAAGUUGGUUCUUUCAGAAAGUCAACAAGAUAGAUAAACCUUUAGCCAGACUAAUGAGAGGACACAGAGAGUGUGUCCAAAUUAACAAAAUCAGAAAUGAAAAGGGAGACAUAACUACAGAUUCAGAGAAAAUUCGAAAAAUCAUCAGAUCCUACUACAAAAGCCUAUAUUCAAGAAAACUUGAAAUCUGCAGGAAAUGAAGAAUUUCCUAGACAGAUACCAGGUACUGAAGUUAAAUCAGGAACAGAUAAACCAUUUAAACAACCCCAUAACUCCUAACGAAAUAGAAGCAGUCAUUAAAGGUCUCCCAACCAAAAGAGCCCAGGUCCAGAUGGGUUAAGUGCAAGAUUAUAUCAGACCUAGAAGACCUCAUACCAAUACUAUCCAAACUAUUCCACAAAAUUGUAACAGAUGGAGCACUACUGAAUUCCUUCUAUGAAGCCACAAUUACUCUUAUACCUAAACGACAAAAAGACCCAACAAAGAAAGAGAACUUCAGACCAAUUUCCCUUAUGAAUAUCAACGCAAAAAUACUCAAUAAAAUUCUAGCAAACCAAAUCCAAGAGCACAUCAAAACAAUCAUCCGCCAUGAUCAAGUAGGCUUCAUCCCAGGCAUGCAGAGAUUGUUUAAUAUAAUGAAAACCAUCAAGUAAUACAUUAUAUAAACAAACUAAAAGAAAAAACCGCAUGAUCAUUUCAUUAGAUGCUGAAAAAGCAUUUGACAAAAUUCAACACCCCUUCAUGAUAAAAGUCCUGGAGAGUAGGAAUUCAAGGCCCAUACCUAAACAUAGGAAAAGCCAUAUACAGCAAACCAGUAGCUAACAUUAAACUAAAUGGAGAGAAACUUGAAGCAAUCCCACUCAAAUCAGGGACUAGACAAGGCUGCCCACUCUCUCCCUACUUAUUCAAUAUAUUUCUUGAAGUUCUAACCAGAGCAAUCAGACAACAAAAGGAGGUCAAGGGGAUACAGAUUGGAAAAGAAGAAGUCAAAAUAUCACUAUUUGCAGAGGAUAUUUUCUACUGACAUGUGUGACAUGAGACAAAACAGUCCCUGUCAUCCCUCACCUGAAUAAACUUCCUUAGAGGACAGUGUAGGUGGAGGGUCCUUCUUUCCUCUCCAAGAUAGAGAAACAUUUCCAGUCUCCAGACAAGUGUGUCAGCCAUUGUUAGUAACUGUCUUGAGAUGUCCACAAUGUCAGCUGAGUGUCGUCAUCCAGCCUGCCCUGUAAUUGUUGUAGACGAUUAAUAGGGUUCCAGCCAUAGGAUUUAAUUCAGUGAUACAGCACUUGCCGAACACACUCAAAGCCCUAGCUGCCACCCUAGUCCUGUGUGCUCUAGAGAAAGAAAAUAAAGAACCACAUUGUCUAUCAAGUUUCUCCUCCAAUAAAAGGAGAAUCUGCAUCCGGUCUUUUAAGUAACUCUAAGCCCCAGCUUCCCCACAGCUGCCUUCUUUGACUGCAUUAUUGGUGCAUUUUCAGUAACACUCACUUUAUUCUUGGUGUACAAAGAAUGUGCACUAUGAUAGUAAAGUGUGUGUGUGUGUGUGUGUGUGUGUGUGUGUGUGUGUUCAUCCAUGAACUCACUAUAAACUUUUAUCAAAUGACCCAGAAGACCGUGGAGAAACCUGUCGAUGUACAUGCAGAAUUAUGUUACUACUGUUCCAUGGCAUCUUGCAGGGAACACUGAAAUAGUGGGCUGCUUUAAUAGAACCUAAAACCAGGCUAUGCAUGGUUUUCAGUGAGAUUGUGAUGUGCAACACCACAACAGGGAUCAGCAGAAGCUUCAUUUAUUCCAUGUUGCUGUUACCAAGUGAGGCAAAGCCUCAUCCCAUAGAGAGUCUGGUGGGAUUUGAUGGAAGGAAAUAAACUCAGGGUUGAAAGCAAGCCUUUAGAAACAAAGAGAAAAAUACAAAGUCAAGGAAAGCAAGAGCUAUCUUUUCUUCUUUUCUUCUUCUUCUUCUUCUUCUUCUUCUUCUUCUUCUUCUUCUUCUUCUUCUUCUUCUUCUUCUUCUUCUUCUUCUUCUUUUUGGAGAAGAUCCACAAGAGAGACAACCCCUUCCUCAAACUAACAAUGCACAAAGAGACAAUACAUAAAUUAAAAAUCAGAAAUGAAAUGAGGGACAUAACAAUAGACACAAAGCAAAUUCCAAAAUCAUUAGUUCUUACUCACGAGGACUUUACACCAGAAAACUGAAAUGUUUAUUGGAUAUUGUUGAUUUUCUAGACAGAUAACAAUUACCAAAGUUAAAUCCAGAACUUGGAAGGUAUCUGAAUAAUACCCCUAAGAAAAUAGAUACACUCAUUAAAGGUUGCAUACAUUAUAUAUUAUAUUGCUUACUUUUUGCACGAUUAAACCCCUUCAAGGACAUUGACCUAUGUUAUAGAAAGUGUUACUUUUAAAACAAAAGAACAAAGAAAGAAAUUGUGGAGUCACUGAGAUACACUUCCCAGACAGGAUCAAGGAAAGUCGACUGAGAGAUGCAAGCAGGUGCUGGAAUGCUGCCCUUGAGAAGAAAAUGUCUUUUCUCACUUUACCUUACACUAUGUUGUACUAUGUCCUAUUUUUGUGGAAGUGGCUCUCUGCAUUAUGACAAGUAUAUUGUGAUACUAGGAAGAGGAGUGGUUUGCUAUACAGAUAUUUUAAGAAGAACCUUUGCUUAGUCUCACUUCUUUGCCUACUCUUGCCUCAGUUGUUCCUGGUAUCAUGGGAAUAACGAUCUUAUUAUAUCUUGCCAAAAGGGAAAGUGAGGUAAUGCAUAUUCAUGCUUAUAUCAGGAUUACUAAGCUUGCAGCUGCAUGCAGUUGCAUCUGCCUUUGCUCUUCAUCCCCUGUGUCCUGAUUAUUUGUGACCAUACCUGGGCCCCCAACGCACUAGAUGUAGAUAAGCAUCACCCUUCUCACUGUCAGGUUUAUUUUUAUUUUUCUUUUUUGGAAUCUAUGAUGUGGAGGCGUAUUACAGCAACAAUAUGAAAUAGCAGGCUGGCAUGUAUGAAAAUUGCUGGGUUUAAGCUAGGUAUGGGGACAAGACCUCAAAACGAGCUGUUAAGAUGGGAAACAAAUAAUGUGUUUGUUGCUGGAAUUGAGUAGCCUCAGCUGUGUUGCUCUGCCUGCUCAGUGUCCAUUCAUCCUCACUCUGUUUCUACAGAGGAACUCAAGGUUUGCCCCAGCCGCCUGUGAGCUGUGAUAUGGGCAGAGAAAGGCCAGGACACAGUGCUGGUUUCCCACUCCUCAGUUAUGCUGAAAUUUCCACUAAUGUACUUGUAUACACACGUACAGUGUGGUCAGGACAAAGAAGUGGAGUAUCUCUGAUGGCUUUCUUCUAACAACAUUGAACAUCGUGAGAAAUUUCAGGAGCUCAAGAAGGAGAUUAACUUCUAUCAUUAAGUACUGGUCAGAAGGGCCCAUCAUUGUGGAAUGGCCAUUGCUGCCUCUCUUUGUUCUGGACUGGAGAGCGUGCAGCACUGGGUCCAUCUCGUCUGCUGUUUAAAUAUCACUGUGCCGUGGGUCUUUUGGACUCAGUUUCAGUUCCAUGAGAGACUGUCACUUAUCACCACAAUAUCUAUGCAUCUUUAGAAGGCUCUGGAUAGAACUAUACUGAUUCAGGCAUCAGAGUGUUAUUAGGCUGACCUGGGCCUCUGGGGUAAUACCAGGUUUAACAAAGCUCAAUGUGUGGACCACAUAGUUAGCAUGACCUUCCCUUGGUUCUACUGUCCUCUUGUGGUUAUUUGCCGGCUACUAAUUGAUGUUGCCCCCAUGCAUUGGGCUCUCAUGGGUAGUUGUAGAUCCCUUGUUCUUUUGGAGAGACAUGGACACUUAUUGUUGCUUGGGUCACAGAAACAAUUUAUUCUUCCCUGAAUUGGCCAUUUGCAUUUUGUGCAGCAGCCUUACAUGUAUGGAGAUUUAUUCUAUGAAGUCUUUAUGGGUAUCUGGGUCCUGGUGGAGUUUGUGGGAUUUGGCAGUUGGAAUGGGAGGAAGAGGCUUCAGGAUCUUACUAUGCAGAGUGUGUUUCCAGCAACCUGCACAGCCGGCUCCUGAUGGACCAGGCCUGUAUGAAGAAGAAGUUGGUCACAUUGAAGCAGGAGAGCAAGGAGGUAUAACGAUACUUGUUUGAGUUGAACCCGAAUGAUGAAGAAGAACGGGAGAAGACCAGCAACCUCCAGACCCAGCAAAAUUUGGUCUCAGAAACUGCAGGAGACAUGGAAUAGGACGUAUCCCAGGAAGACAGCCCCCUGAAGAAUGAGUUUCUUUCUCAGGAGUUCCCUGCUGAGGACAACCCUCAACAGUGAAAGACGCUUUCUGGAUGAAUAUUAUUCUUCUCAGUUAAUUUCCUCAAUGUCUAGAAACCCUAAAUUUAUGUAUCUGUAUGCCGGCCUGUCUGAUUGAGGUGUUUCUCCUUUCUCAUUCCUACAAUGCCAUUUGAGAGACAACUGAGGGGGCUGCCUUGACAUCUCACGUCCUAGAGGAGAAACAGCACUACAACUGUGUUUCUAAAUGUUCAUUAAGAAAAUGCUGUUAAGAAAUGGUUUUGGUUAUGAUUUUCAUUGAAGUUUUCUUUUUGUUGUUUCAUAGUUAUAUAUUCUUGUUACUGUUUUUUAAUUUUUGUAUCAUUUUAGUUGUUCAUUUUAUGCCUGUUUUUGUAAAUUGUGCUCUUUAUGAAUAAAAAUUGAUUUGUAACUCUUGACUCUUAAGACCAUCUUAAUCAAGGGUCCUUUCCCCUCGUGUACACUUAGAACUGACAGCUAGAUAUGGAUCUUUGCAUGGUCCAGGGAGCAUGGGUAAAUAGUGAAUUCAAAGCCACCAAGGGCUACACAGGGUGAUAGCGUCUUUUGUGUGGAUAAUGUGAUUUUUAAAGGACACACACUUUAUGAUGUAAUUGCUGACAUACUGUACCCUUGCUGUCAUGUAUUCUGUUCAUCCUAGUCUAUAUCAGUCUACAACACACAUUCCUUAUUCACUGUGUGCAUCAGAUAUUGAGUAACAUAAACUCAUGCCUGUAGAGCUGCAGGAAAAAUUACAACUUUCACAAAGGAAUAUAGAAGUAAUCCUAUUCGAGAACCAUGUGCCUCAGUUUUUCUUACAAUACAACAUCAGUAUUAAACCACAGAGAUAAUGACUGUCAACGUCUUUUUGGGAAGUAUGUUUUUAUAGGUGAUGUAUUCCUUGACCAUUCAUAUGCUGUGUUUUUUAUUGUUGCUGAUUAUAUUUAUUUUUAUCAUUUAACUCAUUGGAUUUUUUUUAAAUGUAUGUCUGGGCCACACCUGAGUGCAUUUCCCUCAUGAUCCAAAAGAGGGAAUACCAUUCCCCAUUGUAGAUGAUUGUUAGGGACCAUGUGGUUCUUCUGAGAGAGCAGCAGAUGCUCUAACCUGGAAGUUAUCACCACAGCUCCUGUAGGAAGCUUUUGUCCUUCCAGGGCAUGGCUGUACUAGGUGGACACGAUCACCUCCCAUUAAGGAGAGAGGUCUCAGGAGAUGUGUAUGUACAGGUGGUUGAGCUAUGCCUGCUCAAUGUGGUAGGCUGCUAGGCAUCCAUACUGGGCUCUGGUGCCUCCACUGCUCAUUGUGCAUUCAGGAUCAUCCUCCAGCAUCACUCAGUUUCAAUUCCAAACAGAUCUUUCACUCACUAUCAAUGAUGAUUAUAUAGAUUAUGAACAUCUGAUAAAAUACAGAAGAGACUAGCCUCCUUCUUCAGGCCAACUUGGCAUAAUGAAUUCUUUUGAUAGAAAGCAAGAUAAUUUGUAGGGAGCGGCUAAAGAUGGCGCCGACAUCCGGUGGUCAUUUGUGGUAAACACCUACAGCGCAUGUUUUGGCAUACCACCAGCACCUACAAGGCCAGGGUGAUAUUCAUGCUAAAUAGGUAUUUCAUACUCCACCAAUCCCCAGUGGACAAAUUUACAGCCAUAGUCUAUUUUGUAUAUAAGGCAAGUGCCUUUGUUCCUUGGGGUCCCCGUUUUAACAAUUAGGUGUUCCUGCAAUAAAGGCUGUUGAGAAGAAUCCGACGGUGUUGUGUCUUCCUUGCUGGUCAAGGUGGGCGCUUCAACUGGUGGUCCAUACGGGGACCCCAAGUCUUAUCUUGUGUGGAUCUCAGAACUUUUCAGCCUCAGGACAGUGAAGUCAGAAAGCUCCCAGGUAAGGGACCAGCCAGUUCUCUGGAGGUAAGCAGAGACUGUAAUAGUCCUGGACACAGGUCUGUAAGGCUCCUGGGUAAUAGGGACUAUAAAAUUUCCCUAAUGGGACAAUAAAGUUCUCUGGAGUAAACAGAGACGGUGAGAGCCUUGGUUUAGAGGAAAAAAGGGUUUGUGGAGCACCGCAAUGUUGUCUUUCUCAUUUGAUCCUCUGUGGGUUGGACUAGCACUUUUGCCAUUUACUUUUUUGUGUGUUGUGGUGUUGCUACUGUUUGAAUUUCCAUCGUCUGGGGUUUGCGGGGAAGAGCCAACUAGUGAUGGGCCACAGGAUCGUGUGUAAAUAAACACGCCAGCCUGCCCUGCUUGUAAAUCGAGUAAAUCGAUCGUAAAAGCUCGUAAAGCAUGGGAAACUCACACUCCGCCCUGCUCCUGUCAGCUCUUCAGGAGCUUCUUGAUCAGCGUAAGCUUAAAAUCAAAAGGAAAAUCCUGCUGAGUUUUCUUGAUGAGUGUGAUCGUUGUGCUCCAUGGUUUAUAGUGUCAUGGUCUCUUACUUUACGGGCAUGGGACAAGUUAGGAAGAGAUCUGGAUAGGGAAAUAACAGAGGGCAAGCUUAAACCAGGGACAAAGCCGCUCUGGCGAAUGGUCCGUGCCUGCCUAGAAGAUAAACGAUGUGAGGAAGCUGUUAGAACAGGUCAGAGAAUCCUUACAGAGCAACAAGAAAGCAUGUCGGAGGGAGAAAAGGUCUCGAAGGGAGAAAAGAAAACAAAGGGAGAUAAAAGAAACAGAAGGCAGAGAUGAAAAAAGGGGAUAAUCAGGACCAGGAAACAAAUAAGAUAUAUCCCUCUUUAAAGGCAUUGACUUUGGGAAUGUCUAGUGACUCAGAGCUUAGUGAUAAUGACUUGGCAGACCUUGAGGAAGAAGCUGCUCGGUAUGAGAAAGAGAGCUAUUAUCCGGACUGGCCACAUGCCAACGCUAUGUGGCAGCAAGUCAAAGAAGUAGAUAAGAAAGCAGUUAUAUCAACCUCUGUAUAACCCUCAACAUAAGCGCAUGGUAAAGCCUGAAGGAGGUACUUCUUUUUGCCCGGAGGUAUGGAAAGAGAUAGGAUUGAGUUUUCCAGUUUUUCUGGAUGCAAACGGGCAGCGAUAUCAUGAACCUGUUGACUUUAAGACAAUAAAGCAAUUAGCAAAGUCAGUCAAAACUUAUGGAGUCAACACAGCUUUUGUUAUCACUCAGAUUGAGGCUCUUGGCAGAUACUGUCUCACCCCUGGAGAUUGGGAGAGUUUAGCUAGAGCUUGUCUCUCUCCAGGUCAAUACUUGGAUUGGAAAUCUUACCUGUAUGAUUAUGCUAACAUUCAAGCUGCCAUUAAUCUGGCUUCAGGAGCAGAUCCUCAGAGACACUGGGACGCUGACAUGCUAUUGGGAAUAGGCAGAUUUGCUCUGGACCAGAUUGGUUAUCCAGAUCAAGUCUAUAGUCAGAUUAAUGAAAUAGCCAUUAAAGCCUGGAAAGCAUUGCCUAAUAGAGGUGCAGUCUCUGGGAACCUUACCAAGGUUCUGCAAGGAUCCACAGAGCCUUUUUCAGACUUUGUAGCCCGCAUGGUAGAGUCUGCUACCAAGGUCUUUGGAGACCCUGAUACAGCUAUGCCUCUUAUGAAGCAGCUAGUGUAUGAACAAUGUACAAAAGAAUGUAGGACUGCUAUAACACCAUAUAAACAUAAAAGUUUAGAGUUGUGGAUGAAAGUCUGUAGGGAAAUAGGAGGGCCAUUGACUAAUGUUGGCCUAGCGGCAGCAAUGAUACAAUUAAGAAAGAAGGUUACUGCAGAUACCUCCUUCAAAUGUGGCUGUAAAGGGCACAAUAGAAGACAGUGCCCUGAAAGAAGUGGGGAACGGGGUAGUAACAGACCUCCACAACCUAGAUUGUGCCCCCGCUGUAGGAAGGGAAACCACUGGGCAAGUGAAUGUCGAUCUGUGAAAGACUUGGAUGGUCGCCCUCUAGCAACAGGAUAUGGUGGUACACAGCCAAAAAACGGACAACGGGGCCCAUGUCCCCAGGGCCCUCAAAUAUAUGGGGCUCUACAGAAAGACAGGCAAGGACAGGACAAACAGAGGCCUUGGCCUUCUCUUCACCACCCGAAGGACCGAGGAGAGCCACUAAAGGCUCCACAGGACUGGACCUCCACUCCACCACCAGACUCGUACUGACCCCCCAAAUGGGAGUACAGCCUAUAGAUACAGAUUUUAGAGGACCUCUCUCUAAAGACACAGUUGGGCUGUUGUUGGGACGCUCCUCUUCUGCCCCGAAAGGUUUGCAAAUUGUACCUGGAGUAGUUGACCCUGAUUAUUUCAGCACAGUAAAAGUCCUGGCAGCCUCUCCCCAGGGAAUUACUGCUAUUUCCCCUGGAGACAGAAUUGCUCAGCUGCUGCUUCUGCCUAGCUUACAUAGGCGCUUUCCUGCAGAAAAUAGGAUUAGAGGAGACGGGGCUUGGGAUCUACAGGUUCCCGAUUUGCCUUUAUCUCGUAAGAACUAGGUGAUCGUCCGAUGUUAACAUUGACUGUGGAGGGACGGUCAUUCCUUGGUUUGUUAGACACUGGAGCAGAUCGUAGUAUCAUCUCUGUUCAUGACUGGCCACCUAGGUGGCCCACGCAAACAUCAUCUCAGGCCCUACAUGGUCUGGGGUACAAGAUGGCUCCUUUAAUAAGCUCCAAAGAAUUGACAUGGGAGGAUGAAGAAGGUAGAUCUGGAAAGAUUACUCCCUAUAUUAAAGACAUUCCUGUGACUCUGUGGGGCAGAGAUGUCUUAAUAAAUCUAGACAUGAGACUGACUAAUGAGUAUUCCCCACAGGCCAAGGAUAUGAUGAUAAAAAUGGGCUACAUGCCCAGAAAAGGUUUAGGAAAAUAUUUACAAGGACAAGUUGACCCAGUGCUGCUGAAUUCUAAAAGAGACAGGACGGGUCUGGGUUUUUCCUAGGGGCCAUUGAGGGAGGCAUACCCAUUACAUGGAAAACAUAGGAGCCUGUGUGGAUUCCUCAAUGGCCUUUAUCCUCUGAAAAAUUAACUGCUGCUGCUGAAUUAGUGUCUGAACAGCUGCAAUUGGGACAUAGACAGCCAUCCACAUCACCCUGGAAUACACCUAUAUUUGUUAUUAAGAAAAAGUCAGGAAAAUUGCGAUUAUUACAUGAUCUAAGAGCUAUCAAUUCACCUAAACAUAGUAAAAGCCAUAUACAGCAAACCAGUUGCUAACAUUAAACUAAAUGGAGAGAAACUUGAAGCAAUCCCACUAAAAUCAGGGACUAAACAAGGCUGCCCACUCUCUCCCUACCUAUUCAAUAUAGUUCUUGAAGUUCUAGCCAGAGCAAUCAGACAACAAAAGGAGGUCAAGGGGAUACAGAUAGGAAAAGAAGAAGUCAAAAUAUCACUAUUUGCAGAUGAUAUGAUAGUAUAUUUAAGUGAUCCCAAAAGUUCCACCAGAGAACUACUAAAGCUGAUAAACAACUUCAGCAAACUGGCUGGGUAUAAAAUUAACUCACAUAAAUCAGUACCCUUCCUCUACACAAAAGAGAAACAAGCCGAGAAAGAAAUUAGGGAAAUGACACCCAUCAUAAUAGACCCAAAUAAUAUAAAGUACCUCGGUGUGACUUUAACCAAGCAAGUAAAAGAUCUGUACAAUAAGAACUUCAAGACACUGAAGAAAGAAAUUGAAGAAGACCUCAGAAGAUGGAAAGAUCUCCCAUGCUCAUGGAUUGGCAGGAUUAAUAUAGUAAAAAUGGCCAUUUUACCAAAGGCGAUCUACAGAUUCAAUGCAAUCCCCAUCAAAAUACCAAUCCAAUUCUUCAAAGAGUUAGACAGAACAAUUUGCAAAUUCAUCUGGAAUAACAAAAAACCCAGGAUAGCUAAAACUAUCCUCAACAAUAAAAGGACUUCAGGGGGCAUCACUAUCCCUGAACUCAAGCAGUAUGACAGAGCAAUAGUGAUAAAAACUGCAUGGUAUUGGUACAGAGACAGACAGAUAGACCAAUGGAACAGAAUUGAAGACCCAGAAAUGAACCCACACACCUAUGGUCACUUGAUUUUUGACAAAGGAGCCAAAACCAUCAAAUGAAAAAAGAUAGCAUUUUCAGCAAAUGGUGCUGGUUCAAUAGAAGGUCAACAUGUAGAAGAAUGCAGAUCGAUCCAUGCUUAUCACCCUGUACAAAGCUUAAGUCCAAGUGGAUCAAGGACCUCCACAUCAAACCAGAUACACUCAAACUAAUAGAAGAAAAACUAGGGAAGCAUCUGGAACACAUGGGCACUGGAAAAAAUUUCCUGAACAAAACACCAAUGGCUUAUGCUCUAAGAUCAAGAAUCGACAAAUGGGAUCUCAUAAAACUGCAAAGCUUUUGUAAGGCAAAGGACACUGUGGUUAGGACAAAACAGCAACCAACAGAUUGGGAAAAGAUCUUUACCAAUCCUACAACAGAUAGAGGCCUUAUAUCUAAAAUAUACAAAGAACUCAAGAAGUUAGACCGCAGGGAAACAAAUAACCCUAUUAAAAAAUGGGGUUCAGAGCUAAACAAAGAAUUCACAGCUGAGGAAUGCCGAAUGGCUGAGAAACACCUAAAGAAAUGUUCAACAUCUUUAGUCA